GAGGCGGCAGCGCUUUUGCUCGGAAACGCGGUAUUAAGUGGGUGUGGCCGCGUGGAAGGCAAUAAAUGCUUCAGGAUAGAAAAUGAAAGUACAACUACACAACAAACAACAGAAUGGCUACAUGUCACCUGUCAGAUGACGAAAGCAGUUCUGAAGAUGGAGUCAGUGAUUUAUCAGACUAUGACACAGGUUCCAGUGAUGAAUCCAACUGUCAACCCCAGUCGAAGCCGUGCAAGUAUUACAACAGCGGCCAGUGUCGGGACGGCCACAGGUGCAGCUACCUGCAUGUGUGUCAGUAUGCCCUGAAAGGACACUGCCGCUACGGCUCCUCGUGUAAGCUGAAACACCCGACACCCGCAAAAGCCUCGUCGCACGCAAGCAAGUGGGCUCCAGAUCCAUCAGCCAAAGACCCAAAGCUCACUAAUGGCCGACCGUACCAGUGGCAACUACAUGAUGGGAAAGGUUGGAAGGAUGUUGAGAAUGAUCACAUAAUAGAGGCCCAGUACUGCCUACCUCACACCAAAAGCAUAAAAAUCUACAACACACCCUACGGAGCAAUCAGUAUAGAUUUCAACAGGAUGAGAGUUCAUGGAAAACGUCUCGGAGUGAGACGUCUGGACGAUGGCAGAACCGCGUGGACCUGGUACUGUUCCCUGCGCCGCAAGUGGAGGAAAUAUGACGACAAGGACUCAAAGGGCAACUCAGGUCCCGUGAAGAGCUCUGACAUUGAGACGAAGUUCCAGAGCGACCCGUCCGGCUCCAUUUCCUUCAUCAUUGGAAAUGACACUUUUAACAUAAAAUUCACAGAAAUGCGGCAGGUGAGUCAGAAGAAGAAGAGAAGAGUCUGUCGUCGUCCGGUUUACAGACAGGCAGCAGGAGCAGGAGCAGGGUGGGUAGCGUCUCAGGCAGCCUCGGCUUUGAAGCGCAUGUCCCUGGGCGCCACGUGGGAGUUUCAAGGAAAACACGGAUGGCACAAGUUUAAACAAAGCAACGUCUCUGGAUGCUCAGUGACCAGUGACGACAUAGAGAGGGAAUACCAGAAAGACCGCUCUGGGAGCAUGAGCUUCCACGUGAACGGACAGUCCUAUAAGCUGGACUUUAAAGCCAUGACCCAAACAAACCUCUCAACCAACAAGUCUCGAAAGGUCAGACGUGUUUGAGCCUGGAGGACCUGGACCUGCUGAGGACAAUCACAACAACUGUGCAAUGCUGUACUCGCCAGCAGUGGCUGUAGAUUAGUUAGCCUGAGGGUGGGUUUUAUGUUUCCAUAGGACAGAAAGCCUUAAUGGUUACCAGCACACACCAGUUGCCUUUUACAGUGUGUGACUAUGAAUGGUGAAAUCAUGAUUUCUACUUUUUCUCAGGCUGCCAUGCUCUUAUUUAUGAUGCUGAAUACCACUGCCUCCUCUGCCACUCUACACCCAAACUAAUGCCAAUUUAAGCCAUUUUACAGUUUACAUGGGAUGAGUUUUACAUGUGAAUUGAGUUUACCAAAGCCCACAUUUGGGAUUUGUGUCCUGUGUGGUUUCACUGUGUUGCUUAGAGUCAAUGUACAACACUGACCUACUCUAAUGAUGGAGAUCAUCACUUACAGAAUAUUACACCAUGGUAAAAAAAUACAACUGACUUAUU